GGGACUUUCACAAGCUAAGCCCAACGCUUCCUCUCACAUAUGAACCGAUCUGAAAGCAGUACGCGUUACCGUAAAGAUUGGUGUCAGUCCGGAAACUUAUCGCCAUCUCCCUUUCCGAUAUUAAUAUCGCGGAUCGUUGCGGCUUGGAGAUUUAACAUAUUAUACAUAUGGGAUUUUGAGAUGUGGCGGAUUUUUUAAGAAGAUUUUUUCGGUUUAACUUCAUCUGGAUCCGAAAGAGUUUUACGUCUGUCUUCGUGCCGUUAAGUUAACAUACUUCUACAAACAAACUUUUUUACGGACUUUUUACGUGUUCACACACGUUUAAACUUCAACUAUGAUCGGGAUUGAAACUCAAACCUCGGUUUUUCGAUAGUGUUACUUGUAAUAACGUUGUAGUUUUUAUUCAAGGAAAUAAGCCAAAUGUAGUGAUCGCGUGUUAUUAGCUGAGAACUGAGCUAAGCCGUUAAAUUAUUUAAGAUUUAGUGGAAUCGGAUGAGACGUUUACAUAAGACAUAUACAUUUAUAUAAAAUUGUGUAUAUUAUUAUAAUUAAAACAGUAUUUGGCAGGGCUUUUAACCUGUAAAUUAGUAUAUAUAUAUAUAUGUUAGAUGUUACCCGAAAGCCCAGGAAGUAGAAAGUACAUAGAAAGUGAUUAAUUGCGUUGGACUGUAAAUCUAUAUAUAUAUUUUUUAAGAGUAUAUAUAGCCAGGAUAUCUACAAUGCGGGAAGCGCCUGUGAAUUUCAGUCUUCUACACAAGACUUGUUCUCUAGUGGUGCUGCUAUGUUUUCUACACAUCUCUGUCACUAUCAUAUAUUAUAUGAGAAAUUCAGAUUCAAGACAAGCCUUCAUACAAAAUCAGCAAAACCCUCAGUUUCACAGGAAACUGGCCGAACAGACAGUAACUACAGAGGAGAGCAGUCUGCCAUCUGUGUCUAAUGUCACAGAGACUGUGAAAAAGCUGGAAACGUGUCCUGACAAUCCACCUCGAUUGGUGGGUCCGCUCCGGGUUGAGUUUUCCGACCCGGUCACCCUAGACCUGGUGAGGUCAGAGAACCCAGGGUUGCAGCCCGGUGGACGCUUUAAACCUGCAGACUGCAUCGCCCAGCAGAAGGUGGCAAUCAUCAUCCCCUUCAGGAACCGCGAUGAACACCUAAAGUACUGGCUGUAUUAUCUCCACCCUAUCCUACAACGCCAGCAACUGGACUAUGGUGUCUAUGUCAUCAACCAGGGCGGCGAGGAGACGUUCAACCGCGCCAAACUCCUCAACGUUGGUUACGCUGAGGCUCUGAAGGAAUAUGACUACAAUUGUUUUGUCUUCAGCGACGUAGACCUCAUUCCAAUGGAUGACCGCAACAUCUACAAGUGCUAUAAUCAGCCCAGGCAUCUGUCUGUGUCUAUGGACAAGUUUGGAUUCAGGUUACCAUACGUACAGUACUUUGGUGGCGUGUCAUCCCUGAGCAAAGAACAGUAUCUGAAGAUCAACGGCUUCCCAAACAACUACUGGGGUUGGGGAGGAGAAGAUGAUGACAUAUUUAACAGGGUUUCCUCCAAAGGGAUGUCUAUAUCAAGGCCUGACGGGAUGAUUGGAAGAUGUAGAAUGAUCCGCCACGAGCGAGACAAACAAAACGACCCCAAUCCACAAAGGUUUGACCGAAUAGCUCACACAAGGGAAACGAUGGCAACCGACGGGAUCAAUUCAUUAUCAUAUAAGGUUGUUAAAACUGAGAAAGACCAGCUAUUCACCAAAAUCACAGUGGAUGUGGGAAAACCAUGAUUCCUGCAUAGAGACCAACCUAAAACUGAGUGAAACCGCAGCGUUUGCUGUUCAGAACCAAAUGUGCCUUGAUAUAUCAAGUCAAAUGGAUAAUUGUCAAAGCGGAUUCUAUAUUUUUAAGAAGACAUGUAAGUACUUAAAAAUGUUUUGCCAUCUUUGCACAUGUGAUGGUGAACACAGGGGUCUGGACUCCUUUUGCCCAGUGUAUCAGAUCUGUUCGGCUGCUAAAGGAGGCACACAAGGGUUUCAGGUUGUCCUCAAGGGCCGGCCUUGUUCUGUCUCAGACACUUCUGCUGAGGAAAAAGACUAUAUUUGAGCCAUUCGAUAAAAGCAGCAUAUUAAAAGUGAUCUGAAUUGCUGAUUUAAAAAAAUGUCUGUUUGGUGGGACAAAGUAUGUGAGUUGCUGUGUAUGGGAUUAUUUAGUUUGUGUGUUUGAAAGCGAAUAUUUAAAGGAUCGAUUUUUGUUAAUCAGCAACCUAAACAAUGCAAAAAAAAUUUGAGGAUAUACCAAUAAAGGGCUGUGGAUACUCUAUAAUCAUAUACCAACAAACUGGCAUUUUUGGGCUGUCACAUUUUUGUUUACUUUUAUUACAAAUUACAUCUCAUUAUCUUGUUGCUGUACCAGGUUAUUUGUACUUUACAGAGCCUUUAAAUGAUAUCUCUCUUUGUUAGAGGUGAGAUGUCUGAAUGUAUUGGCCGGCAUGAUUUUUAUUCUCAAGUGCUUGAUGUGUAUUGGACCAUUAUUAUGUUUGCUGGAACACCAAAGUGGCACCCUUGCAUCUUAACACACUUCCACCCUUCCGUUUGGUGCAUUAUCUUUGCUGUAUUUGUUUUUGUUUUUUUUUUUUAUUGCAAAUCUGUUUAAUCAAAUGCAGCACUAUCAGGUUAAGCUUCUGUUCCAUUUCAUUGUUUUCACUCCUUCAUUGCAUUGUGAAUUUCUCAGAUCUAUGCUGGUUAUUAAGACCACAAGAAUAUUCAAGCUCUCUACUGUAAUGAAAACAUGAAGCCAUUGAGAACUUUGCUGAAUUGAUCUGUUGAUACUUGUUUUUUUCUUUCAUAUGUGCUGGACUGCGCUUCUUUUGAACAAAGAAAACAGUGUUUUAUUUUAAAACCUGUCAUUGUGGAAACCAAAAAUGCCUUUCAACUGUCAGGGGACGAAAUGCAGACGAAGCAAAUGAAUGUAUGUCAGCCGUUUGCUCAAGUGCUUUACAAGAUGGCGACUAACAGCCCGUACACAAUGUACAGAAUGUUUAAGUCGUGCAGCCAAAUUUUUUUUCUCCGUGCCGAGCACCCCGAAAGACCCAUAGGUUUUUCUUUCCAGCUUAAAGACUCUCCAAUGCCUUAUAAAAAGUCCUUUGCACCAGGAAAGAAAACUACCUCUCCACACGGCACAGCACUCCGCAAACAGAAGGGAUUAGCGGCUAAUGCUGUCUUUCAAACCAAAUGCUUUGGCAAAUAAUCUUCGCCUAUUUUUUCCUCUUAGGUCAGUUAAAGCGAGGUUUGAAACUGUUUAGACAAUGGUCUUUGUUUGAAAGCCAGCACAUAAUUAGUUUUGUUUUUACGUUUUCAUGUUCUUUUUUUAAUUCUUUGUUUGAUUUAAUUCUCAGUUUGUUUUGACAAAUUUUUUGUUUUCUAUUUUUGAUGUUCCUCUUACUUAAGUGUCACGCAGUGAACAAUGAACACAAUUUUGGAAUUAUAGAAAUGAAAAAAUUAAAUUGUGUUUGUAAAUUUGCUUGUGUGUUGUGAAUUAAAAACCGUAAUGAGUCCUGUUUGGCCAUAGGCAGGCAUCAUGGCCUUUUUGCACACAGUAAAUCUUGCCUAACCACCUAUGUGAUAUUAAAUCCGGAUAUUAAAUUUCUUUUGUGGAUCCA